AUGGCGACAGUAGGGCACGGUGGGCGCGCGGUGCGGGCGUCUGUCCCCGUUCCCCGGCCAGGUGGAACCCCAGACCGCACGGCAGGAGCUGCUGGGCCGCCCUUUGGGCGGAGCGGCAGCGGAGCUCUCCGGCCGGGGGAGCGCACUCCCGCGGCCGUGGAGAAGCGGGGGCCGUACACGGUGACGCGCGCACCCUCCGUUCAGGCCAAGCUGCAGAAGCACCGGGACCUGGCCAAGGCCGUUCUGCGGAGAAAAGGCAUGCUGGGGGCCUCGUCGAACCGCCCAGACUCUUCAGGGAAAAGGUCAGUGAAGUUUAAGAAGGGCUAUACUGCUCUUAGCCAGAGUCCAGAUGAAAACUUGGUGUCCCUCGACUCUGACAGUGAUGGGGAGCUGGAAUCCAGAUACUCCUCCGGGUAUUCCUCUGCAGAGCAGGUGAACCAGGAUAUGAGCCGGCAGCUGCUCCGAGACGGGUAUCACCUGGACGAGAUUCCAGAUGACGAGGACUUGGACCUCAUUCCCCCUAAGCCUAUGGCUUCUUCAGCGUGCUCCUGUUGCUGGUGCUGUCUUGGCGAGUCUUCCUCUUGUACUCUCCAGUAGACAUAACCCUCCAAGAUAGGCCCUGUUCUCCAUGAGGCCUACAGAGCUCUGUUGGCCCUUCAUAGCUCACCAAGUAGAAUGGGAACUUCUGUCAGCUUAGAAACACUGGAGGCGCUGAUUCUCUGGGAAGGUCAGUGACCUGCAGGUAGCCCCUGCCUGGUGCUUCUCUAGGCCAUGGGGUGAUGAGUGGAAUUCUGUAGCUUUCCUCUGACGUUGGAGCAAAGUUUGGAGAAGCCACUUUAAUAAGGGCAGAAACGGGAAUUCUGGUUCUUAUGGUGGGUGACCAAAGUGGCUAAGAAAAACACUUGCAGACAUCUUAACUAGUAUUUGUCAAGGUGCUCUAGGGGAGAGAAAAAGCAAGCUUUUGUGCCCAGGCUGUGCUGGGUACUGUUGUAUGAGGCAGAAAACAGCACUUUAUGGCUUGUAGCCGGGAAUCUUUGAAAAAGAAUUUAACUGGGACCAGUUCAAGAAAUUCCAUAUGCUCUCCUCCUCUUCCCAGUUCUAAGAUAGGUUACAAGUUUGACCUUCAGAAGAGCAUAAUGCAGGUCCCUUUGUCUUUCAGGUUGCACCUCUCUAGCUAUGGCAGGGAACAUAGCUGGUUGCUUAAUGACGCAGCAGGAUCAUGGCUUCCAGAAUCCCUGGACAUGGAUCCCCAACUGAUCCAACUGUCUGGGUGAAUUUAGUGACUCUGGUCAGCCCUUGCCUAGUUAGAGAAAAAUUGCUACAUCAUAUACAUAUUUAUUUAUUUGUAUUUCUUUGGUCUCGUUUAGUUUAUCCACCCAGCCUUUGAGCUAAAGGUUGGGUCGAAGGUACCGGAUCUGGCCCUAGAAACCUGCUGUUUUUGUGAUUACCAGCAGAGGGAGCUUCAGGGAGCGGUCUGGUGCCUUCCUAUUAAUUUAGCUUUUUAAACUUUUGAGAAGUAGCAAUGGGUGAGUGUAGGUGUAUUGGUGCAGCUCUGUGGGCUUUGGCUUAGGCUGAGGCUCACAGGAUGGGGAGGAUGGACCUAAGCCAGCUGCCAGUCCCCUGCCUAAGAUGAAUCUGCCAGUGCAGAAGGCACCCCUCACUCCAGCAUGGGCCAUUCUAUUGCCAGAUGCUUCUGAUCACAGCAUGGGCCUUAGUAGAUACUCAGGAUUGGGCUUUACAGCAAACCUCUGGGUGCAACACAGCCUCCUGGCCCCCAGCCUGAACACAGCAGAGUCAGGCAUAAUUUCCUCUUUGUUCCCCCCAACCAGAUAGCAUCUGUUAUAUGAGGCCUCUUUCUAGAAUUUAGUUUUUCAGUAGUCCUGGUUUUUUUGUUGUUGUUGUUGGCUUUUGGGGGGUGGGGGUCUCACCCAAGACCAUGAUUAGGUUUGAAUGGGAAUAGACAGGGUUCCCAGCCCAAGGGGCAUGGUACUCAGGAUUGGCCUCACAUGGGAAAAUGUCAUGUCUUGCUUCACUCAGUGUCCUGUGGCCACUAUAGGCAUAUGAGGGAUGGUGCAGACUCUGCUCUACCACAAGAGGUGAUUGGAAGACUGAGAAAGUCAUAAAAAGAUAAGGCCUUAUUUGUUAUUUGUCAGAUGACAGUCCUCAUGAGGGUAUCCUGUUAGUGCUUGAUAUGGGCAUCUAUCUUUGUGUUUUUUUCAAACUGUGGAAGGUUGAGAGGAGUAUAUAGUAUCUAGGAUCUGUGGCUGACUUAUUCUACUAGCUAGAAUCACCAGAGGGAGAUGGGACAGAAACCAGGGGUCUGGGGAACAGGGGAGGAAGAUGGUUAUUCUGUUGUGGAAUGGGACUUGCAACUCUAUCCAGCUGCCCAACGUUUUGAGCACUUCGUGCAAAUGCAUGCAGGGAACAAGAAGAACAUCUUCAUUCUGAACCCCUUCCCCAUCCACAGAGACUGUGUCCAGGCCUUUCUGAUUUCUGCAGAGGUGGCACACAUGUGGAAAGGAUUAGAUGUAGGACUGUAAAGAAAGACAGUGGUGGUGGGGGAUGCAGCGGGGGCCAGAAGGUGGCUGUGAAAGCCAUGUUGUACAGCCACAUUUCUAUGGGGGAAUUGAUUAGGACAGAGUAGCCCGGGCAUUUGGCAGCUGCUGGGGUGCAGGUGGCAGGACCCCAAAACCAAGGCCCUCUGUGUGGUCACUGUUAUAAUCAACACUGGCUGCAACUGUCCCUGUAGAGGAUGUUGAUUCUGUUUGGGAGGGUACCUUGCAGAAAAAGCUGCAGGGACCUGGAGCAAGGAACAGUGUAACAGUGCAACAGGACAGAAAUGGUCAGUCAUUUGGGGCCAGAGGCCAUAGACCAAAAUACCACCACUAAAGGCAUCAAAGGUGCCCAGAGCCAAACUGCCUUAAUUCAGUGUGCUGGGUUUUCUGCAGGUGACAGUCCCCUGGGAGAGAGGGGUAUAUACAGGCUUACCUCACAGAUAGAGUAGCACCAUAUGGUGUUUACACAGUAAUCUACUGAACUUUUGGCUUGCACUUCUAAGCUUUGUACAUUUAUAAGAAUAAAUGCAAUCAUGCUAGUGGAA